AUGGAACUUCAAGUCCGUCUUAUUCAAUUCUUGUUCCUCUUGACAAUUCUACAACAUUCUUCAUCUGCUCGGAUUCUUAGAAUCGACAAGCCUGAUUGGCAUGAUGUUGCCGCAAGUGCUCGUUGGCUUGUCUCUCAGAACAUUUGGGGUGUUCUCAGCACAUUGUCCAUUGAGCAUCAAGGCGCACCUUUCGGGAAUGUUGUAUCAUUUAGUGACGGUCUACCCGGGGAAGGCAAAGGUAUACCUUACUUUUACUUGACCACUCUUGAUCCAACAACAAGAAACGCAUUAAAAGACUCGAGGGCUUCGUUUACAAUGAGCGAAUCUCCCAUUGGAACUUGUAAGAUGGAUCCAAUGGACCCUACUUGCUCUAAACUAACCCUCACCGGAAAGUUGUUACCACUGGAUGAAGGAUCUGAGGAAGAAAAAGUAGCCAAAAAAGCUCUAUUCACAAAGCAUCCAGAGAUGAUGGAUUGGCCUAAGGAACAUGAUUUCCGCGUCUUCAAACUCGAAAUCGUCAAUAUAUUUCUGAUUAAUUGGUAUGGUGGAGCUAAAUCUACUACUGUUGAUGAAUAUCUUCGUUACAAGUCGUAA